UUUUGAGUCACUUGUGAAAAAUCAGUCAUCGUGAGCAGUUCGACUAAGAAAAACCCGCUAGCAAGCAAAGCAAAACCACUUAUCAAACAAAAACAAAUAACAGCUGGGCAGCAACGCGAAGCGCGUGUGCAAAAAGGAACGAGAAAACAUACACAAAAAAAAGCACAAGAUAUUGAGAUACACAAAAAAAGAAGCAGCGGAAAAUUUUGGGGCCCAAACAAAGCCGAAGCUUUUACGUCAAGCGGUAUAUACAAGAAAUACAAGAAAUUCCCAAAAAUCACAACGUGUUCGCCGGUCAAGAUGAGCGGUUCCGUUUUGAGUUUGGCGCGUCCUGCAGCAGCCACAAAUGGCCACCAUCUUCUGGCCAAACAGAUAAAUUGCAAUGGCAAUGGCACCUCGGGAGGAGCGGCCAAAACCACUGUGGCCUCGGCCAUAACACCGCCCAAACAGCCCCAAUUGGCGGCCAAGGUCAUUCAGCAGUCGCAGAUCGUCUGUUUCGAUGUGGAUUCCACGGUGAUUUGUGAAGAAGGCAUCGAUGAGCUGGCCGAAUAUUGCGGCAAGGGAAGCGAGGUGGCACGUGUCACAAAGGAGGCGAUGGGAGGGGCCAUGACCUUUCAGGAUGCCCUCAAAAUAAGAUUGAACAUCAUACGGCCCACUCAACAGCAAGUAAGGGAUUUUAUCCAUGAACGACCCAGUACACUGAGCAAAAAUGUGAAGCGUUUCGUGGCCCACUUAAAGGCGGAGGGCAAGCAGGUGUACUUGAUCUCCGGCGGAUUCGAUUGCCUCAUAGCUCCCGUGGCCAACGAACUGGGAAUUCCCCUCAACAAUGUCUAUGCCAACAAGAUGCUGUUCGAUUAUUUGGGCGAAUACGAUAGCUUUGACAUCACUCAGCCCACUUCGCGUUCCGGAGGAAAAGCAGAAGCCAUCGCCCUGAUAAAGAAGGAGAAUAGUGAAGGUGCUAUCAUCACAAUGAUCGGCGAUGGAGCCACCGAUUUGGAGGCUGUGCCGCCAGCCAACUAUUUUAUCGGUUUUGGUGGCAAUGUCGUUCGACCGGAGGUCUAUCGCCGGGCCCAGUAUUACGUAACGGACUUUGAGCAGCUGAUGGGUCAAUGAGAUAUAACGACAGCGGUGGAGUGGCGAAUUUAGUAUUUGAAAUCAACGUGUUAUAGCUCUUAGUGAUACACAUGCUAUAGUCAAAGUAUGAGCAUGUGUAUAAUACAUAUAUGUACUAUAGUUUGUAAUUAAAUAACAAUAAAAAGCGAUAGUAAAAAUUAUGGAAAA